AUGAUGUGGUCUCCCACUGCUGCCUCGGCUCCCACAGCCCGCCCCACCAGCCCUGAGCAGCCCGCCUCGUUCAGCGUGUCGCGACAGAAGAACCGGGGCCGCCGCAUUGCCCAGAUUGUCAAGCUCAAGCCUGAGUUCCUCGAGGAAUACAAGAAGGUGCACGCUCAUGUAUGGCCCGAGGUCCUCAAACAGAUCAAGCAGUGCAACAUUGAAGACUACAGCAUCUUCUACGAUGAGAGUUCCGGCAUUCUCUUUGCGUCCAUGAAGUACGUGGGAUACGAUUACGCUGGAGACAUGGAGCGCAUGAGGGAAAACCCCAAGGUCCGGGAGUGGUGGGACAUGACCGAUGGCUGGCAGGAGUCGCUGGUCGAAGGCGCAACCAAGAGUAACGUCGAGCCGGGAGAGCCGGGCUGGUGGAAGCCCGUCGAGGAGGUCUUUCAUCUGCCAUAG